AUGGAAGACUUCGUCCAGAGUUCUGGAGACCAUGGUGUGGUGGUGUUUUCUCUAGGGUCGAUGGUCAGUACCAUGACAGAAGAAAAGGCCAAUGCAAUUGCAUGGGCCCUUGCCCAGAUUCCACAAAAGGUUCUUUGGCGAUUUGAUGGCAACCCCCCAGCUUCCUUAGGACCCAAUACCAGAAUCUACAAGUGGCUCCCCCAGAAUGACCUUCUUGGUCAUCCAAAAACCAAAGCCUUUGUAACUCAUGGUGGUGCGAAUGGACUUUAUGAGGCAAUCCAUCAUGGAAUCCCUAUGAUUGGCAUUCCUUUGUUUUCAGAACAACAUGAUAACAUUGCCCACAUGGUGGCCAAAGGAGCAGCUGUUGCAUUAAAUAUCAAAACAAUGUCAAGGUCAGAUUUGCUCAAUGCACUGGAAGAAGUCAUUAAUAAUCCUUCCUAUAAAGAGAAUGUGAUGUGGUUGUCAACCAUUCACCAUGACCAACCUAUGAAGCCCCUGGACAGGACUAUAUUUUGGAUUGAGUUUGUCAUGCGCCACAAAGGAGCCAAGCACCUGAGACCACUCGCACACAAUCUCACCUGGUACCAGUACCACUCUCUGGAUGUGAUUGGAUUCCUGCUCGCCUGUGUGGUGGCCACUGUAGCCCUUCCUGUAAAGUGCUGCUUGUUUGCUUAUCAAUUCUUUGUAAAGAAGGCAAAGAAAACGAAGAAUGAGUAG